AAGACAAUCCUUUCACUUGGGGGUCACUGAUCUUUUUAUCACCUAUUUAGAUAGACCCGAAACAUUCGCUUGGUGAGUCUCAGUGAUCCACAAGACGCUGCGCUACUACAAAUCCGGAAUUCAUUUGUUCGGGUUUGCUUUGCAUUUUCGUCUCUCCUUCUACCUGCCCCACUCCGGUGAUUUGACCGUAAAGUUCAUUCGAUUGGUAGCAUUUCAACAUACAGCGUAAGAAAAAUGGCAGAGAGAGUAGUUGUAGUGGCCGUUGAUGGUAGUGAGCAGGCAGACAAAGCCUUCGCCUGGUAUUGUGAAAAUGUCCAUCGUGCAGGUGACAAUGUUGUGGUCGUGUUCGGAGCAGAAUACAAAGUUUCCUUCAUGCCUGGACAGGUGUCUGAUACCAAAUUGAAACAGAUCCAGGAAGAAAUGUCCAAAGAACAGAAAAGAGUGGAGGGAUUGACCAACAAAUAUGUUUCACAGCUGAGGGAGAAAAAUAUUAAAGGGGAGGCAACUCCAAUCACUGGCAAGAAACCAGAGGAAGCAAUCAUCUCUAAGGCAGAGGAAGUUGGUGCCUCAAUGAUCGUCAUGGGAACUCGUGGACUGGGAACAAUUCGUCGUACCCUGAUGGGAAGUGUUAGCGACUAUGUCGUACACCAUUCGAAGAUGCCCGUCAUUGUUGUUCGAGACUCGUGAUAGAUACCUCUAGGAUAUAUAGAAAUAAACAAAGGACACCGCAAUAUUUCUUUAAACGAUUGUCCUCAUUUAGAAAGUUUAUGUUUUUUCUUGGUCAUCAUUGGCAAAGAUUUUCCCCCCACUGCUUUUAAGUAAUUCUGGUAGUGCAAUUAAUUUACUGAGAUUUUCAGAAGCUGCUUAUAUAUUCAUGCUAGAGAUAAAUUUAAACGAUAGUAUUUACCAAUUAGAAUUAUCUUUAAAGAUUAGUAGAAAGCUUAAUAUUUCGGGUAGCUUUAUGGAAAUAGUAUUUACCAUUUGGGAUAAUAUAAAGUAGAAUCAAUAGAAAGCUUAUUGCAUGUACUAACAUUUCCAAAGAAAAAAGAGAUUUUGGGCUUAGCACACAGUGUGAUGGACUAUUAAUGCUCUAUUAGAAGAUAUAUAUUCAAUAUAUAUCUUACCAGUGGCUGCUUGCUCCUAUUCAUGUUAAAAGUACUGGUUUAAAAUGUUGACAUUUUUCUGUAAUAACAUGGUUAUCUUUGAUUAUUAGAUUGAUGUGUAGGUUUAUACUUUUAUAACACUAACUUGUCAGGAAUCACUGAUGUGUGUAUGGAUUGUAACAUUUCUUCCGGGUAUUUAUACAGCCUGCAAACAAAGGAAACAAGCAAACUCAAGUAUUACGCAUUCCUGUUUGUUCAUACAACGCAACAUGUACCAUUUAGAAUGGGUAUUGAAAACAAGGUGUAAAACAUUUCAUGUUUCUCUCGAAGUUUGUUUAUAAACUGUGUACAGUCAUGUGAUGUUGUAUUUAACCGAGAUUUUUUUCAUUUUCAUCUAAACCAGGGAUAUCAGAAUUUAAAUAUUGUCAAUGAUAUAUAUUUUUUAACCCUAUCAUACUGUUUUGGGAAUGAGGUACCGAGAACGCAAUUUACAACGAUUUUUCCUAAAUCUUUUUUUUUUUUUUGAGUCCACAAGUAAUUUACAAAGUAUGACUUCUGUAAUCGCUGUAGACAAAGUAGCGGUACUCUUACACCAUUAGAACUCACUAGAUGUAAAUCACACUGCAAGAAUCUCAAUUCAGAACACUGUCGUGUAUAAAAUGAGGCAACAGCAAAUAAAAUGAUGUCCCAGAUA